UUCCAUAAACGAAAAUAUGCCUGAUAGACCUUUUGAAACCGCGGCACCUUUUGGGGUAGCUACAAAACGUUUCAUAAAACUUGGGUUCCAUCCUGAAUUAGAUGUAUCAGGAGCGAUGAAGAAAACAAUAACCAAAGUAGGGCCUGGCAGUUACAAUCCUAAAUAUACAACUUGUAAAUCAAAAAGAGGAAUGAGUUGGAAGGUAAAAGUGGAAACGGAACUAUUCUCGAAAUUCUUGAACUAUAAGAAUGCCACCUUAUUGCAUGAGCGAGAAUUCUACAAAUCUUUGCGAGGACCCGGUACUAAUGAUGUGAACAAAAAUCUGUACGAGAAACAGACCUCAGCGGUUCUAGAAAAUAAAGGCUUUGGUGCAAACGAACGUUUCAAGCAGCAUGAUUCUACAAAUAUACCGCCACCAGAUACUUAUUUUCGAAACUUGGAUGAUAUAUCGUCUGUAACGCGUAAGCAGUUUUCCAAAACACCUACAUUUGAAUGGGAUGGAUUCACAGAUAGAUUCAAAUCUACUGCACCAAAAAACACGUUGGCAGCAAAUAGAUACCAUGUUCAAGAUAACAAAGGUAUCGAUACAAUAUUGAAGAAAGUUGUUUCCACUAAAGGUCCAUACGAGUUAUUCACUGGUCCCAGAGAUCAAACCACUAUCAAAAACCAUUUUGGACCGCCUAGUACGAUAGUACCUGAAUACUAUUAUGUGAAACCUAGUGAUGCAGAUGUUUUAUUGAAACAUCCUUCAAAAGCCAUGGCUGGAAAAUUUAUGAAAGCGGUGAGAUUUACAAAGAAGCCAACAAAAAGACAUAUGCACAAUGAUUUGAGUUUAUGUUAUAGAAAUCCAAAUGAUCCAAGUCCUGCCACCUAUAAUAUUUCUGAUAAAAUAAGUGUGUCUGCAAGUAAAUCACCAUACGCCUUCAAUACUUCAAAAGAAUUCAUCAGGCCCCCACCAAAUUGGACUGUAUUCCCUGGACCCGGUAGAUACUCGCCAAAGGCUCCCAAAUGCAUGAAACCCAAAAAAGCAUCUUGGGUGUUCCUGUCGAAACUAGAGAGAGCAUUUUUCAUCCCUAUUCCCAGUACUUCUUAUAAUGAAUAAUCGGCUCAAUAUCAAAAUCUAUCAUUGAUGUAUGAAAAUGUAGAGUCCCUUCAUGGAAAUUGACGUUAAAGUCAUCUUAACAGGGUACGGACAGAUCAUAGCUGCAUUCUUUUUUAAUGAUCUAGAGACUUGAGUUUUGUCUACUGGCAUCCCUGACAUUGC